AUGAGCAUUUUAGCCCGUAGGCGGCUUCGUUGUUCUCAUUCGCCAAGUCAAGCCAAAGGGAAAUGGAAGCCAGCAGGCCAAAGAUACCCUCAUCGUCUCGUCUUUCUAAGGGAGAAUCAGAAUCCAUGGGAGUCCCGGCCUCGAGAAGCGUAUCAGGUUCGAUCCUCAACGUGGCGCGUAAACUUUAACCUCGAGCUUGAAAAGUGGUCUUACGUUGCCGGUGUAAUUGGUGAACAAUGCGUUUUUGACUUCACAUGCCAAACGCCAACGUGUACAGUAGACUAUGUCCCGAGCAGACAUGGUAGAGAAAGGGAGGGCACGGCAGUUAAGUGCCGUAUAGUCUUCCAGUAA